UUCCGCUCUCAAGUUAGUGGUCGUGUGGGAAAACUCGCUGAAGCGGGAAAACUCACUUAUAGCGACUGAACCAGAAAGGACGACAGACAGAUUUCAGUUUUGUGUUGACGAUUGGCGCGCGUAGAACAACCACCGUGCAGGAAAUUUCUUGCAUCACGUUUGUCGAAAGGCUUUUUUGGGAAAGUACUUUCACGGUGUGUGAAGUGUUGUUGGAAAUAGAACAAUACAAAUCUUGGAGAAACAUAAUACGGUGACAAUAGCAUCCAAUUAUAAAAAAAAAUGUUUAAUUGCUCGUACAUUUUCUUAACAUGCAAAUGAAGGUGUAAAUAGUAUUAUUAUAUCAAAUAUUUAUGAUAAACUGCUAAUUGAAACUAACAAAGGAAAGUGUUAAUUCGCACGCACUACAGGUGGUUUCAAAGCGAAAAAAUUUUUCAACACCAGUGGAAUACCAACGUUGUGCUUCUGAACGGACCAGUUGAAUGUUUGGCGGUUUGUGUUGAUCAGUUGAUAGUUUACCAAACUCCUGUUUAUGAAACAGUGUCAUCGGAAGCAGUUCAUUUGGUUUGCUAGUCAGACUAAACAAAAGUGACGUCGAUAGUCUCCUCAUUUAUUCGAGAGUUAAUUGGGAAAACUUCACCACUGUAUGGAGCGCUGGAUGAUAUGUGUGAGGAAGGGCUGGAAAGUAUCUGAAAACCAUGCCAUCGUCAUUUGUUAACUGUGAGAAGUAAAACCAGUUCGACGAGAGAUAUGUAAUAGAGAAACAGAGCGGAAGAGAUAAAGAAGAGAGUGUAUUGUAAAGUGUGCUUGGGUGAGGGAAAAUCGACCGACGUUGUGGAAAACACGACCAAUGAAAGGAAUGAAAGGAAUGUAAGGAAAAAAAACAAUCGUAAAAAUGUAACUUUUACGCGAGAGUGAUUGCAGUGAUACGGAAUUUCGGUUGUUUUUGAUUAGGAUUCGUUUUAAUUUAGGCUUGUGGCCGAUUUUGUACAUUCAAUGAAUAAUGUAUUUCGCAAAAAAAAUAUCAGCUAACUCAAUGCUGAAAGAAUAGAGGUUUUUGUUUCGAAAGAUUGUGUUAAAUUAUCGUUGAAAUUGGAAAAUGCACUAAGGAUGUUUCGAUAAUACGAAGAGAAUGUGAGACGGAAUUGGAGAUCGCAUUGUUUUGCAAAUAUCAAAGAACGACGAGAAAAAGGAUAUUUGGAAGGAUGUGCAAACGCUAAUUAAAUAUUGCUUAGCGCAACAAAAACAAACCAAAACGUCUCAAAGGGGCUUCCAAAAUUGUACAGAAAGCAACAUAAAGGACGGUGAAAGUCUCACGCUACAAACAAACAACCUUUGACGGCACACAAAAACGGCUUGGUCAUACUUUAAAGGAUAUAUUUUAAGCUUAGAUGAAAAAUAAAUCCCCAACAAGCGCCAUCAUGAAGCUAUCCGAGAGCAAAUCCGAUACCUCCAUCAUUGCCAACCUGUACAAAUCGAUCAACAACAGCUAUCGGCGGCUGUCGAACACGAGCAACGUGCUGCACCGCAUUCCGGAAAUGGAGAUUCCCAAUAUGGCGAUUACCGACGAGUACGACAUCGAGAAGAUGAUCGCUGAGGGUUGCUUUGCUAAGAUCUACCUAGCGCACCACCGUCCAACCGGGACAACGGUGGUUCUAAAAGCGAUCCACACCGAGUUGACCAGUCUGAAGGAGUUUGUGCGUGAGUUCCAUUACAACUAUCAGCUCAGCCACCAUCCAAACAUCCUCAGCUGCUACCAGGUGAAGUUUCAGACGAAGGAAUAUUACGUGUACGCACAGGAGCAUGCACCGUUUGGCGAUUUGGCGGCGAACGUGGGCGCUAGUGGUUUACCCGAGAGCAGCUGCAAAAAGAUCGCCGAACAGCUCAGUUCUGCGCUCGGGUUUAUGCACCUGAAAUCGCUGGUACACCGGGAUUUGAAGUUAGAGAACGUUCUCGUCUUUACGCCAGACUUUUCACGCAUCAAACUGUGUGACUUUGGUACGACGACACGCGAAGGUGUGCUGGUGAGCAAAAACAAUAAAACAUGGACGGCCUUCCUACCACCCGAAGUACUGGAGGUGGUUAAGAACGAGCGGUUCAUCUGCAAGGCAUCAUCCGAUUCGUGGCAGUUCGGAAUAGUGCUGUACGUGUGCUUGACCGGAGCGACACCCUGGAAAUCGGCGGACUGGGUACGGGAUGCUAAGUAUGCCGCGUUCAUGAAGUACCAGAAGCGUGAGACGACCAAAAUUCCGGAUAACUUUAGACGUUUUACACCUCGACUGCUUCGUGCCUUCCGACGCAUCUUCGAUCACCGAGACGAGGACCGGGCGAAGGUGACGGACAUCAUGAAGUACAUGAAAAAUCGCUGGAUGGAUGGCAAGAUCUCCGUUUCGAAGUCGGCUUCCAACAUUGCCAGCGUGGGACAGCAACAGCAGUAUCAGCAGCAGCACCACCAGCACACCAAUUCCGAUCAGGACUCGGUCAAAUACAUCAACCAUCGCGAAAGUCGCAAUUCGUUCGAUGGUAAGUUACGAGCACGGCGCAUGACCAGCGUUGGGGCACUCACACCGGACUCCGUGCCGGGUUCGAUGAACCUCGCCGGUCCGGAUCAUCAGGAUGCGAUCCGAACCAAGGUGUGGGAUUGGCUGGAAUCGAACGAUCUAAGUGCCAGUGGCAGUGCAGAUGAUCUUACAUUCUGGAGCACUAAGGAUACGAAAACGUUGCAGCUACAGCAGCAACAUCACCAGCAACAGCAACGACGCCAGAGUUUGGGUGGCCAUCAGCUGCAACAGCAUCAGCAAGAUCUGAUCAGUUUCAGCGAAACCCACAGCUCCAUGACCACAAGUCUCCUGCGGGAAACGAGGACCAUCACCAGCAGUGGUGCGAAAAUGUUCAAAUAAAAACCCCUCUAACCUCAAAUUCCACCUAGUGUGAAGCGUGAACCGAUAGUACACAAGUGAGAACAAUACUCCUCAGAAUCCCCAUUACCCAUACACAUCAACCGUGGCACCGAAUGUUGCCUGGCGUUUCAGGACAUACGGUACAGUAGAGUAACUAGCUAGUACAUGUGAUUAUAUUAAUUAUGUGUGUGAUAAUUGCCAAAUGUGAAAGGAAAACCUAGUGUGUAGUAAUACACCAUGACAGACGACCCGUGCGAAGGGUUUCGCAGGACUGUAAAGUGUCCGUUAGCAAAUGCCCAUCAAUUGACGUAAUUUAUUGUAAAGUUGUGAAACAUUUCAUAGAAAUAUUUUAGUGUGACAAUUGAUGGAGAAAAAAAACACGAAAUGCAAUACAAAAGGCGAUGUUUAUGGAAAGGACCGUGGAAACGUAACCUAUAUGUUCAUGGCACGAAAGUAUAUAACAAAACAUAGUGCCGAUUUCUAGAAUGUGUGAGAACGAUGCAAAAGAUUUGACCCUACAUAACAAGCAAAAAAUGUGUGAACAGGCGAGAAACAAACAGGGAGAAGAAGUUAGCCAUUAAAUGUGUUACAUCUUUAGUGAACGUGAUAAAGUAUAAACGAGGGUAUUUAUACAUAUACAUAUAUUCAGAUAUACUGAGCUGUAUACAUACAUAUUUAUGAUACUAAUUUUAGAAACAAUCGAAAACUGCACAUGAACUGUAGUGUGAGACGAUUGUUUCAAAUCAUUUCGAGGAUAGGGAGAAUCGUACAACCGAAGGGUUCGAGCUGAAAGAAAAAUAGGAAACCAAACUGCUCACUGGUGUAUUAAUUGCUUUCCAAGUAAGUGUUACCUUGUUUGUGUAUUUCAUAGCGCGUUAUAGCAAAGAUAGUGUUAGAGAGAUGAGGAAAACCUACAGAUUGUACACAAACUAACCGAGGCGAGGGAAAGCAUAGCGAAUUGCAUAUGGGUGAACUAUACUAAGCACAUGGGAAAAGCUCUAAGCUCUAAGUAAACGAUGCAAUAAUAGAUAACAUGAAAACAACAUAGAGAUAUAGCAAGGGGAUCAAACA